AUGUCUAAGCAAUCGGUUUUUCUGCUUGGGCCAGGAUUCAUCGGCGGGGAAGUUCUGAAUCUUCUUGUCGAGUGCAAGAAAUAUGACGUCACAACACUUGUUCGUCGAAAUUCCACUGCAGCGGCGUUCCACCAACGAGGCAUCAAGACCGUUGUGGGAACUUUAGACGAUGAAUCCUUCAUCCGGCAACGUGUAUCUUGCAGUGAUAUUGUUAUUCAUACUGCUAAUGCCGAUCAUCUGCCGUCCGUAAGAGCUAUCCUUGACGGUAUUCAGCAACGCGCUGAAUAUAAUCAAUCCACUAUUUAUAUCCACACAAGCGGUGCAGGCAUCCUGUCCGAUGACAGCAACGGCGCUUUCAAAACCGACAAGAUAUUUGACGACGAAACACCAAACUCUAUCAACGCCCUACCUGACGAAGCUCCUCACCGUCAAGUGGACUUGACUAUUACUCGCCAGAACCUGGGUAAUCGGGCAAAAAUUGCAAUUAUGAUGCCACCUUUGAUAUAUGGUGUUAGCAUGCCUGAUAAGAGACUAUCUAUUCAGCUGCCUACGCUGGUCCGAUACGCUCUGAAAAACGGAUACGCGGGCCAAAUUGCGGAAGGCCGCUCUGUCUGGAACCAGAUACAUGUUAAGGACUUGGCCCGGGGAUACAUUACACUGCUACAUUGGUUAGAACAAGCUCCUGUGGAGGAUGUACUAUCAAAUCCUUAUUGGUUUUGUGAGAAUGGCCAGGAGCUUUCUUGGAAUGAUUGUGUCUCUGAGAUUGGGCAAGCUCUCUACCAAGCGGGUCGGAUUGAAGACCCUACCCCCCGAAGCAUUCCAGCAGAUAACUUUCAAGACCUCUACGGCGAACAUACCCCCAUCGCGUUGGGAUCUAACUCCAGAAGUCGGGCUAAUCGUCUACGAAAGUUGGGAUGGGAGGCUAAAGAGAAAUUGACGUUAGCUUCGCUGGUGCAGGACGAAAUUCCAUUGAUAUUGGAACAGAACGUCCCCAGAGAAGCAUGA